AUCAAUGCUAGCAUGGAUUACUGUUCCAGCUCUACUUCCACACAUCUGGCAACACUGUGGUGUUGUAAUUUUUUUCUUGUCGCAAGGUGAAGACGAAUUAAACGGUUUUUGCAAGUAAAAAGUUGAUUAAAAGGCUCCGAUUGCGCACCAAAGUGUAGUUAAGAAAGGAGUUAAUCGGUUACCAAAAGAAUUGCCGAGAAAAUCGGUCGAAUAAUGCAUGCAAAGCGCGAUUGAAAAUUUUACUUUGUGUGUAGCCGAGGCGCACGCACACGCACACGCACUCAACACACUCGUACAAACACACGGACGGACCGAGAGUCGGAGAUAAACGCAGCGAUGGCCUCGCAUUUUAACUUGAACAUAUAAAAGCUCAUACAGCUUGGUGGAGAAGCAGAAGGAGCGCUCGCACAUAAUAAUACUGAAUCAGCUCGCACGAGUCGGAUCACCAGAGGAGGAUUCAGAGCACAAUGGCCGCCCCACCAAGGAGAGAAACUCUGAGCGUUUUAUGACUCUGAGCGGCAGCGAACCGAGUGAUCCGUCGCACUAGAGACCGAGGCCAGCCCUCCCUCCCUCCACGAGCCGAGAGAGAGGAACGAGGAACAGAAGAAGUUAAUAGUUAUCACUGAGAUUCAGAAUUCAAGCAUCCGCCAACAUGGUCGACAACAGCGUCCAGUGCCCCGUGUGCACCUUGUACCUGCACGCGGGCAUGAAUCUCUCCGAUCACUUGGAGACUCAUCCCAAGGAGCAGGUGAUCAAGGCACUGGUGCAAAUGACGAUCGUUGGAAGUGGAUCUGGGAGCGGCGGCAGUGCCCUGGCGGCCGCUAUGCUGGCAGGAGCUGGGGGCGGUGGAGGAUCAGGUGGUGGUGCAGCGAAUGGUGUUGAAACCAUUGUAAUAGAUGACAAAACAGCUAUUACGCCUCUAAAUGUCGAAGUGAAACCAGUUGUGACAGCCAAAUCCAUAUCAGCUGGAACGGCACCAGCGGUACAGACGCCGCCGGCGCCGCCGCCACCGCUCUCCUCAACUCUAUCAACGCCCGCCACCGCCACUGCCACCACUACCUCCGCCGCAAACAGCUCCAAGUCCCCAAAUAGCAACAAACUGAGCAAUCCACCGAUAAAAGCACUGAAAUGCGCACCGCCCCCGACUGAGGCGCGAGCCAACCCAUCCGCACAUCCCACCACAAGCAGCAUGUCCAGCAGCAGUCUGUACCAACCGACUCUGGUUACCCCGGAUUACCGCUUCAAUCAAGCCCAGCAACAGCAACCGAUAUUUGGGCGUGGAGGCAACGCUCCGACAGCCACACUGGUGAUUCCCCAAGUGCCCCAACAGCACUUUCUCACCAACCCCCAGCAACAGGCACAUUUUUCCGAUCAACAGCAGCAGCAGCAACAACAGCAGCAGCAUCAACAACAGCAGCCGUCAACGCAACACCAGCCUCCACAGCAGCAGCAGCAACAGCCAGCCUUGAAAUACACCUACGCCACUGCUUUGCCGCCACCACCGCCGCUGCAGCUCUUUACGCAGCAGCAGGCACUGCCGGCAAACGCUACACAAAACAGUUCGCCGCCCCACGUGAAACCUCCUCCCGCCUAUGGAGCCGCUAUCAGUCAAAUACGAUCUCAGCACAACCAAAACAAACAGCAGCCACAGCAACAUCAGCUACAGCCGCAACAACCACACGUAACCGUGCACCACAAUCACAACCUAACCCUGACACCACCGACAGCAGCAGCAGCAGCAGCGGCAUCAUCAGUAGGACCUGCAGCUGGCAAGCAGCUUGUUUCGAACAAAGCUCAUACGGAAGUUUUCCUAAAUCCCCCACCACCGCCGUCGCAAGCACAGAUCCAAAGCCUAGGGCAUCAGCAGAAUCCAAAUCUAAAUACGCAUGCUAACCCCCAGCUGCUGGGAACGUUGCACCAACCCUCCGGCAGACUGCACCAACAGCAUCAGCCGCUUGGGUUGCAGGCCUACGCUUCUGGCUCAGGAGCCAGCAACAGUUGUAGCUCCACGCAUUCGCUUGCGUCCAACUCCACGUCGGCCAGCAUGCGCGGACAUCGUCAGACCAACUCCCCCUUCGGCGCAUUGCUUAAUGCCGCUGCGGCUGUGGCCUGCCCCUCGCCUGCCUCGUCGACGGCAUCUUCGUCAGUGCUGCGCUACGCAGAGUCGCCGGUGGCCCACUACUUGGAACGCGAGAACGGAGACUUCAUUGUCCAGGAGACACCCAAGCACAUUGUGGAGUGCGUGGAAAAGGAGGAUGGCGAGUUCUCGGUGAUUGAGCGUAUAUACCAGUCGCCGCCGAGUGUCCUACAUAUCCAUGACGACGACGAGGACGAUGAGGAGGAGGAAGAUGCUGAGGAAAACACCCACGAAGCACCCUUGGAGGACGAUGAUGGGGAUGAUGAGCGAGAGGAGAACAGUCGAAGUCGCACCAAGGCAACAAAAAAGUCACGCAAAACGAAGUCGAAGCGAAACUCCAAGCGUCUGUCGGACGAGGAGGAGUUCAUGAGCAUCAGCAGUGGUUGCGAAAGCGAGCCGGAACGGGAGCGGAAAAAGGAUCAUCAGACUGCGAACUCCACAGCGGCUUCCCUUCCGCCCUUGAGCACGGCUCCCUCAACGAGCAGGGCGGCGGCAACGGCUACAUCGCCAUCCAAUCUAGCAGAAAAUCAUUCCAGUUCUGCUUCAAAUUCCAUAUCCGCCAGCACCACUACCAAGUCCAAGAAGAACCGGAUUACAGUGCUCAGCGACGUUCCGCUUAACAUGAAUGAGUACCUCGAUCUAAUGGGAAAUAUUGUGGCGUCCAGCCGGAUUGGGGCAGCUCGUCCCUUUGCCGCUGUGGCUCCGAUUCCAUUGGUCAAGGUGGAAAAGGAGGAGCCGCUGGAUGAAUAUGACAAUGAAGCGGAGCAGCAACCGCUGGAGCAGAAGCCCAGCUUGGAGCAUGCCACCACUAGCGUAAUUCGAAUGGCCAGUACCUCGGCGGCGGCCACAUCCGUUUCCGCCGAGGACCUCACGCAGCCGCCACCCAUGAAAGUGGAAGUAGAUCCCAAUACCAAGCUCCUGCCGCAGCGCUUCUCUACGCCGGCCCAGCAACUGCGUGGACCCAAGAAAUUAGUCAUUAAACCAAAGGCGACGGCGACGGCAACAGCGACAGCCACAGCGACGAAAAAGACUGACACCCCAUCUUCCUCCAGCAACAGCAACAGCAGCAGCAGCAGCAACCCAACCAUAUCAAAAGAUCUGGUGCAAGUGAAGAGUGAAAACGUAGAGGCUCCAACGAGCAGUAGCAUUCUGGAAAAGCACCUGACCACCAACAGCGGCCGCAAACUGCUGCACCAUUCGGCGGCGAAUGACGAUGAUGCCCGCGUCCUGCUGGAGUUCGCCAACUCGAAGCAACCACCUCCAUUGGCUGCCGCCAGCACCACUUUUGUGGUGAAUGCCAAUACCGGAUUCCCCUCGGCCGGAUCCGUUUUUGCUAGCACCUCCAAAUCAGCAGCUUUAAGCAAGCCAGAAGACGAAUACAUCCUUCCAGACAACAACAACCUAGAUGUGGAUGAGAUUGUGAUAUCCUCGUCAUCUUCCUACGCUUCCUCAGCGGCGCAGGUGCAGGCCGCGCUCCAGCCUCCGGACUUUAACUUCCUGUACCACCAGCAGACCACAAGCACUACCACAGUCACCACCGGUGCAUACUUCAACUCCUUCUCCAAACAGCAGAAUCUCCAACACCAUGGAGCGAGCGAUGCCACCAACGCAGCCACUCUGGCCUCAUCUUCGAGUAAUUCCAUGGACCACGACUCAAUGAACGCCACAUUCCGUGUGGCUAAGACUCAAUCGCAGUCCUGGUAUCAGCAGGAUCACGACCAGGAUGCACAGAAUCAAGGUGGUGUGGGUGCCGGAUCUGGUACGGCUUCUGGAAAUAAUCACGGUCACGACGUGGUGACCCAGCCCACUAACUUCAAUGCUGCUCUGGCAUCCGUCGAUUGCUGUAGUGUGGCCCUGGACGGCGAUGCAAAAUAUCUGGAUCUGGACGCCUGCAAGCGGGAGCAGCUGAGCAGCAGCAACCUGCCCUCGGCUUCUGCGUCCACAUCGACCACGUCGUCAUCGUUUGCCGGAGCAGGUACGGAGAGCAGCUUGGUGGGCGGCUUGAACAUUCGUACAGACGAGAAGAUGCCCGCCAAGGGUGAAAUCUCAGAGCAGGAGAGCAACUGCGAUGUUGAAAACUCAUGGAGUGAAUCGGUAUACGGAGAUAUUUCUCAGCGGUACUUUAGAAAUCAGUUUUCCGGAGGAUACAAUCCAGAGUGGCGUCAGGACUAUUUUCCUUCUCACGAUCUGAGCGGUCAGCCACGAGAGCAAAAGCAUUUCGACUUUAAUGCGCUUGAUGAUGAGGCCUCAUCCAGUUCUAGAAAGAGCGACCUGUUAGAUGUUGACCCAACGGCGGGCACCACCUCCUCCAUUUGCACUUCCACGUCUUCGGCUUUGCUGGCAGGUCCACCCAUAGCCUCGACAUCCCGGGCAGCUGCCGAGGCGGAGGCGGCUGCCAUGGCAAUCGCCCAAAGGAAACAACACCGGCGCAAGCUCUACAAAUGCCCCCAUUGCGCGUCUAUCUUCGAGAAGCUAAAGGAUCGGAAUGCGCAUAUGAUUGGAGAGCACAACUAUGUCCGUCAGAACCGUCGGCUCAUCUGCACCCAACCGCAGGUGGGAGGUUCCGAAAUGCUUCCACCCCAGCAGCAAACAAUGCUCCUACCACCGGCAGAGGGGGCUGCCCUCCAAGAGGACUCCAAAGACGGCAUUGUGAAAAUCAAGCAGGAACAAUGCCAAGAUAAGACGGAGGUAGAUCAAAUGCACGCCAAUUCCGAACUGUUGUCCGAUGUCAAGGAUUCGGAACUACUGGGAAUCGGGGAUGGCGAUGGAGACGAGGAUGGCGAGGGUGAUUUUAAGCCACCUAGCCAGCUGGAUGAAAAGAUCGUGUUACCACCGUUGGCCAUGACUACUCCGGCUGCUAAGCUAGCAGCGCUUUAUCGGAUGCUCAUCGCUUACAAUGAGUCCAAGCUCGGCCAAGAGCGGAACAACCUCAACGAGCUGGAACAAAAGGCCAUGGAGAAGUCAAUCUUUCUGUGCUACGUCUGCCGAACCGACUUUCCGUCAGUAAAGCUGUACGAUGCCCAUCUCACCGAGCAUCCGGCCGAAUGCUUCACUUGCGGCAAGAAGUUCUACCGCUGGAAGAACUUUUCACUCCAUCUUAAGCGCCAUCUCGGGUGGAAGGAGUUUGGCUGCUAUGUCUGCGACAAGAAAUUCGUGGUGCGUAGCGCUCUGGUCGAGCACAUGCGGAUGCACACAGGCCAAACGCCUCUUAAGUGUAAGAUAUGCGGCAAGAAGUUCAAACGCUACUCGAAUCUAACACAGCACCGAAAGAGGCACACCAAGAUGAUCCUGCGCAAAAAGGAGUAUGUGUGCCAUUGCGGCGAAGUGCUGCCCUCGAAGGCUCGCUUCCUGUGGCACAAGGAAACACACGAUCUGAAGCCAAAGUGCUGUCCAUACUGCUGCGAUCGAUUCGUACAUGCGAAUUCGCUCCGCCGUCACAUUCGUCUGGCGCACUCGGAAAAAUUCGAUUAUUCCGAGCCGAUUGAAUGCCCGAUGUGCAAGCAGACUUUUGCGAAGACCUCGAUUAAGGCCCACAUGGCAACGCAUUCGACGGAUCCACAGUACGACUGCACCAUCUGCAACAAGAGCUUCUCCACCAAGUGGAACCUCAAGAUCCACUCAUGGGUACAUGCCAAUCGAACGGCCAAGCCAUUCAAGUGCGAGUAUUGCCCGAAGGCAUUUGUGCGCGAGCUGGAUUUCAAGAACCACAUCAACGCGCACAAGCAGAUCAAGCCGUAUACGUGCGAGUACUGCGGCUGCAAGUUCAUCCGCAAGUACAAUUACAUGCGGCAUCGACGCGAGCACCACGGAACGAAGAAGUUUACAUGCGAUCAGUGCGACAAGACCUUCCACCGGCACUACUAUCUCGUUGAGCAUAGGCGCAUGCAUACCGGCGAGCGACCCUUCACCUGCACCAUUUGUGGCAAGAGCUCCACCACCAAGACCAACCACAACAAGCAUCUGAAGAUCCAUCACUCGCGCGAUCCCUUUACCGUCGAGGUUUAAUCGAACUAACGUUUAAUCCAACCAUUAACUAGGUAGUUGUUCAUGAUUCUUCUAUGUGUGUAAUGUGUGUAUGUGGUUAUAACAAAGAAAACAAAACAAAUUAGUAUUACUUAUCGAACUAUACGGAUAGUUUACAUAUAUGCGAAUGCCAACUCUUGUUGAAUGGAAAAAGAACAAGAAAUCACAAUUAUCACAAUAAUUACAUUUUACUCAUUAUACAUUUUGGAUGUGGUUUAAGAACGUAGCUAAAUGUGAAAGUGUUCCCCUUCACUUCCUUUUCCUCUCGAUUCGAAUCGUAUUCGUUUCGCCCGCUUUAAUCCCAUUUAAUUUAAGUUUUAGUUUUAAACACACUUUAGUGAAAUGGCAUACCUAGUUCAGUGCAAUAUACAUCGAUUAAUUCAUAUGUCGCGAUACUUUCAUUAAUGUAGCUUAGUUCGCAUUAAGUUUUAUCACUUAUUGUAUCACUUAUCGUGCAUGCCCGCCCAAGCAUGCCGACUAGUUAAUUUAAGUUAGCCGCAAUUGGUUUUUGAACAUUCGAGUUUCCCCCUAAACUUGAGCACAUUUUGAGCGAAAAAACACAUACACUGAAAACGAAUACCCAUCUAUAACUUGUUAUAUAUUUUGUAUUUUUCUAAUGAGGAGGCGAUCAAUCAAUCCCCUCUGCCAGCAAUCGAACGUAAGCGAACACAACUGUCAUAUUGGAUAAAAAUUUCGAUGUACGUAGCAUAUUCUUCAUUUAUAGUAGUUGCAACUUCUCUAGGCUAUUUUAAAGGAUUGUUUCAAUGGUUUAAAGCAGUAAUUAGUUAAAAUUUCUAGCAUUAAGUAACACACCAUCUUUUAAGUAUAAAUGAAACUUCAUAAUACCAUGCAUCCGUGCUAAAAUAAUAACGAAACAAAUGAAAACAAA